UACAUCGCUUGCUUUCUUCGCGACCCUUUAAUGAAAAGUGCUUGAUGUUUUUCCAAUGAUUUCUACCCCUAUUUCCUCUAGUUGUUUGUCGAUAAUGCUCAUGUAAAUUCUCAGAACUGGUAACUUGGACAGCUAAAUAUUUGUCAUCAUAUUAUUUUGCAACGCGCGAUUGCUGUUUCAAAUGGUAUCGUCAUUAUUACGAAAUUAUUGAUUGAACUUCAUUAUUGUGCUUAUGAAGAAAAAUCAUAUAUAGAAAAUUAAUGUUUGCAAUAGCAUAAUUUCCAGUUCUAUAACAAAUGUUCUUUGUCCAGAACUGUAGAGUAUUUAUAACUCGAUUUCGGUCUAUAUUCUACUCUUACAAAUAUUUUAGAUUACAUAAAACUGCGCGUUAUUUGAGGAUUUACAUAUAUCUGAUGUCGGAAUUAAUUAUUUUGAUAAGAGUCCAGGUUCAUAAAGUUUCUUAUAAUUGUUUCUUAUAAUAAGUUUCUUAUAAUUGGCUUGACCGAAAAGUCCAUGCGGAUUUUCCAACAGAUGUCGUUCACUUCCAAAUAUGCGUUUUAGUAUAUGUCAAGUAUGUAUACGCUGAAAAAGAUGACACUUUAGUAUACAUUUUUUUCAGUAAAGUGAUUUCAAUCGAAUAAACACAAGUAUUUUAGCAACACUUUGAACAUGAUAAAAAAAAUAAUAUGUCUUUCUGAUGCAUAAUACUUGAUAUAUAUAUAAAGUUCUGGAAGAUGAUGGCCAAAGAUGUACACCUUUGAUAGUCGCAGCACGUUAUGGACACAAUAAGGUUGUUAGAAUGUUACUUGAGAAAUUUAAACCUGAUUUAGAGCAGGAGGGAACAGUAAAAUUUAAUGGAUAUGUCAUCGAAGGAGCUAGUGCGCUUUGGGCUGCAGCAGGAGCAGGACAUUUGAGCGUCCUGAAAACUCUUGUGAAAGCUGGAGCCAAUGUUAAUCAUCCAACAAAAACCAAUUCUACCCCUCUUCGAGCGGCAUGUUUCAAUGGACGUUUAGAUAUUGUUAAAUAUUUGACUGAUCAUCAAGCGGAUAUAAAUAUUCCCAACAUGUUCAACAACACCUGUCUCAUGAUAGCAUCAUACAAAGGACAUCUGGAUAUUGUUAAUUUUUUGUUGGACAAAGGAGCGGAUCCUAAUAAGAAGGCGUAUUGCGGAGCGACGGCGUUACACUUUGCCGCAGAAUGCGGGCACAGUACUAUUGUCUGCGAAUUGUUGAAAUAUGGAGCAAAGAUGACGAAGAGCGUAAGUGGCAUGACACCUUUAAUAACGGCCGCCGAGCGAACACGGGCGGAGGUUGUGGAAUGCUUAGUACAAAGGCAAGAAGUAACAAAGGAGGAGAUAAUAGAGGCUUAUGAAUUACUUGGGGCAUCAUACGCUAAUGAUAAAGAUAGUUAUUGCUUAACUAAGGCAUAUAAAUAUCUGCACCAGGCGAUGGAAUUAAGAUAUAGCGAUACUAAUAAUAUUGUAUAUAAGCAACUAGGUUCAACCGUGCAGGCAUACGAGAACUGGAAGGAAUGCGAAACGCUAGAAAGAUUAGAAAGUAUAAAAAAUAACUCCAAUGCCAUACACAUGGAAUCGCUGGCUAUUCGCGAAAGAAUAUUAGGUCGCCAUAAUCCAGAACUGCCACAUCCUAUAGUAUUCAGAGGUGCGAUAUUUGCGGAUAAUGCUAGAUUCGACAGAUGCAUAGACUUGUGGUUACACGCGUUAAAACUAAGACAGCUUAAUAACAUAUCUAUUGUAACGGAUCUGCUUCGUUUCGCUCAAGUCUUUUCGCAAAUGAUACACGUAGGCGUUGACCUGGAUCUUUCUCAAGUAUUGAACGUGCUAGAAGCAAGUGUGAUAGAACUAGAUAGGAACAAAGCGAAAAUCCAAAAUCCAGAUCCUAAGGACGAUACUGAUCAAUAUGCCGAAGAAAUGGAAUCGAAUAUUACAACGACUCUGUAUAUCCUGACGAUUUUGACAAAACUCAUGACGCUCAACGGGAGCAGAUGCGACGAGUCAGAUUUGACGCAAGCGCAUCAUCUGGUGCAUAAAUUAUGCGCGUUACGAGUGUGCUUGAAAGACGGACAAACCCUGUUGCAUCUCGCAGUGAACGCCGAAACUCCCGUCGACGACUUUCACACUAACGACGUGUGCAAGUUUCCAUGCGCAGCUACGACGAGGCUGUUGAUUCGUUGUGGCGCCGAUGUGAACGCGAUGGAUAAUAAAAGAAAUACCCCGCUUCAUAUUAUUGUCGGUUACAGUAAAGCGAUUAGCGAUUUCGCAACUUUACAUUCGAUUAUAAUAGAACUGAUAGAGGCAGGUGCACAUAUGGAUACCGUAAAUAAUAAGGGACGUACACCGUAUGAUGCAGUUACCACGGGUGUAGCCAAAAUAAUAUUACGGACUCAGACUAAAUUGUCUCUGACGUGCAUGGCAGCCAAAGCGAUUAAAGUUUACAAUUUGACCUAUUCUGGUAAUGUUCCACGUUCACUCGAAAGUUUCAUAGAACUACACGGGCCGGGACUGAAUCAGAGCUGAUAAGUCUUGAUAAAUUCAAAAAUUUCUCUUGUACAAAAUAUAUAUUACUUAAUAUUUUCUGCAUAACGUACAUGUAUACGUGUAUGUGAACGUAAUAAUAACGUAAACAAUAUAACAUAAACAUAAAAUAGAGAUUUUACAGAUAUUUCAGAAAAAAAUAUUUAAUAAAGCUUUAUAAGAUUUGUCAAGAUGAAUAAUUAUAAAAUUAUCGCGUAAAUUGAGGGACAAUUUGCAAUGUCUUUUGCAAUAAUACUUGAGAUCUUGAGAAGAGGAGAAUUCUCGUUUUAUAUCAAGCAUUGUCUCUAUAAUAAGAUAGAGUAAAUGAUAUAUAUAUAUUUUAAAUUAUAUUUGAAAGAUCCAUGCCGAUGGAAAGGUACGAGGUAUGAGAUACGUACUCGUAUAAUUGCCACACAUACAUAUUGAAUUUAUUUAAUAUUUACACAUGCGCAAUCUGUAUACAACCACGGAAAAUUAGAAAAUUAAUGAUAAAACAUAUAAGAAUAUACAUACACACGGGACACUUUACAACAUAUUAUUUACAAUGUUUAAAAAAUUAUUUAUUUUAUUUAUCUUACACACUUUACAACACAGCGCUCGCUUAUAUUCGAUAACACUUCUGUACAACAUAUACAUCUGUGCUCGAAAUUUUUUUGGCAAAGAAAAAGAGAAAUAAAUAGUAAUCUUUA